AUGUCCUCCUGCAAAGUCCAAUCCCUAGACCACGUCGUCCUUACCGUCGCCUCCAUCGAAGACACCGUCGCCUUCUACACCUCCCAACUAGGCAUGAAACAUGAAGUCUUUACCUCCGGCAGCAUGGACCGCCCUCGCCCUCUUCCCUCCACCUUCUCCCCUUGUCCGCAUGCCCGCAAGGCCCGCUUCGCUCGCACCGCCGGCUUCGCUCGCAUCGAUUCACUCGCUGAUGGUAGUAUGGAGGACAGGCAUGCCCUCCUCUUCGGCUCCCAGAAACUAAACCUCCAUCUCUCCGGCAAAGAAUUCGAGCCCAAAGCCGCGCGAGUGCAGCCCGGGAGCGCGGAUUUGUGUUUCGUGACGCAGGAUCCGAUCGAUGAGGUACUGCAGGGGUGGAAGGGGGCGGGGAUGGAGGUGAGUUGA